AUGGGGAACAGCAAAAGGAAGCAGCGCUCUAGACGCUCCAAACAUCUUCUUCUCGCUGUAAGCCCGGGCGAUGGCGACCAGACGAGCCCUCCUCAGAUGCCGGAAACGACCAUGGCCGACAACGACGGCGCCGAGAAUGCCGAUGCGCCCGCACCAGAACCCAGUGCUGAAGAGCCUACUGCCUUUAAUGCGGAAUUGCUGACCACUUUGACCCAGCUCGAGCCCACAGAAAAUCCAGAGAUUUCAACGGACACCGCAGCAACAAACGACUCUACGCCUGCUCCUUGCCCCAAGGCCCGCUCUACGCCUCGAAAAAGCCGCGUCGUGCCCAUGCACAAACCUCACAGAAGGCCACGAACGGCUCAUAAUUCCUAUUAUUAA